GGUGUGAAUGCCUCACUGUUCUUUCUGAACGCCCAUCCUUUUACCACUGCCAUCCCGUGAUCUUCAACAGGUCCACGAUACGCAGUCCUCUCUCCUUUCCUAGUCUCAUCUGCUUCACCGCUUUCUUACUGGUCCAACGCUAUUUGCGUUUAGCUCUUUGACUUUACUCGUCUCCGGGUGCACGCACCGUUCGACCUCGACGUGGAACGCCUCAAAGGGAACGGUUAUUAUAGCACCACCCGUCUCUCACGUUGCCUCCUGCACUCUCAGGACAUCGUCAUCGCCGCUGCCUCGCCUUGCGGAUCCCUACCACACCCGUCGUGGCCUUGCAACUUCCAUCAGACCCUUCCUUCCUCCUGUCUCUUUCCCGCAUCCUGCCGUCUUAGAGCGCAUAUUAGGGCCCUACCCGAUAUAUUAUGAUGGCCGAUUUCUACGAGCUCCAGCUUAUCCUGCUCGUCAUCUCGUGCAUCGCGUUUCUGCUCUUCGAGCGGUACGUGUCCAGGAAGAAGCAGCAACUGCGCAAGGACAACUACCCCGCUGAGCGCCUUGAGAAUGGGGGGAAUACGACGCCGUACAGUGCGCUCGCCAAGCUCACGAGGCAGUAUCUAGUGGUGUACGCGAUUGUCAUGGGCGCGGACUGGCUGCAGGGGCCGUACGUGUACUCGUUAUAUAGGGAGCAGUACGGCUUCGACGAGCGUGUUGUCGCCGUGCUCUUUGUGACGGGCUUCCUCUCCGCGGGCCUCACCGCUCCCCUCGUUGGCGUCUGGGCAGAUCAGCAGGUGCUCACCCCACCCAAUAGCGGACGCAAAAAGCUCUGCCUCAUCUUCUGCGCCACCUACGCGCUCACCUGCGCAUGCAUCACCAUCCCCUUCCUGCCCGUGCUCAUGUUCGGCCGCGUCAUGGGCGGCAUCUCGACCUCGAUCCUCUACUCCGCGUUCGAGUCGUGGCUCGUGAGCGCCUCGAGCGCGCUCGCGAUCCCGUCCGCGGACCUGUCCACGCUCUUUGGGCGCGCGACGCUCGUGAACGGGUUCGUCGCGACGGGCGCGGGCGUCGUGAGCAACAAGCUGGUGGGCAUGACGGGGAGGUAUACGGCGCCGUUCGUCGCGAGCGGGGUGAUGCUUGUGCUUGCGUAUGGCGCGAUUAGGAGGAGCUGGGCGGAGAACUUUGGGGCGGGCCAGGGGGGUGCACAGGGGAGCGAUCCGUUUCAGCUGAAGAGGCUCGGGCAGGCGUGGGGGAUUGUUCGCAGCGACCCGAUUCUGCUCGCCAUCGGGCUGACGCAGACCUGCUUCGAAGGCUCGAUGUACCUCUUCGUCUUCCUCUGGGUACCCGCGCUGCAGGAGUCCUCGCCGCACUUCCCGACCGUCUCUCUCCCGCUCGGAUACAUCUUCUCGAGCUUCAUGAUCAGCAUGAUGCUCGGCUCGCUCCUCUACACCGCCGUCACGUCGUACCUGCCCCCGCCGACGCCGCAGGCGCCGGGCGACUCGUCGCUGACGCUGCACGCGAAGCUGAGCAGCCUGGUGUGCGCGCUCGCGAGUCUCACGCUAGCGGUGAGCGUGCGCUGGAACGAGGAGCGCACGCGGUUCUGGGCGUUUUGUGCGUUCGAGGCGUGUGUGGGGAUGUAUUAUCCUGUGCAGGGGAUGUUGAGGGGGACGUUGAUUUCGAAUGAACAUCGUGCGACACUCUCGGCGCUGUUCCGCGUCCCGCUCAACAUCUUCGUCGUCGUGUCGCUCCUCACGGGUGUGUCCUCGGCGCGGUACGCGGUGCUCUCGGCGAGCUCGCUCAUGCUCGCGAUCUCGGCGGUUGUCACCGCUGUCGUGGUCGUGGCGCGGGCGGACGAGCGCGUGCCGUCGGAUAAGGAGAACGUCAGUGCGCAUCCUGCUUGAUCCUGCGUAUCGGCCUGGUUGCAUGUAUACACCAAGGACGAUUGGGGUGGUGGAUCUAGCGUGAGCAGAACAGGGACUUUAUGCGGUGCGGUUUUUGAGAUAGAGUUGGAGAGGAGGAUGGAUGGCUGAGGCCUGAGGAGUUGCGUAUUGACUGACUUACUCUAAGGUACUUUGUAUUUAAGAUGGGAUACCCCCUGCUUUGUGUAUGAUGGAUGGUUUCGUAGUAGCAGCUUGUUAAUAAAUGAACGACUC